GGUUCAUGGUGGGCUGCGAAUUUCAAUUACCAACAAUCCCCCUCUGCCUGUUCUAAAGCGACAUCGACACAACAGGAUCUAGCACAUCGCAACAAGCUAGUCGAUUGCCAAAUAUCCCUGUCUACCUUCCAAUUGCUUUGCCCUCAAAUCUCCUGUCAAGAUGGCUGCGGCCUUGGGAAUCCAAGGCAAUGUGGGAAAUGCCGCCUUCAAAGACAAGGAAAAGCCCAUGGCUGUCCGAAGUGGUAACAUCAUGGCUGCCCGAGCCGUCGCAGAUGCCAUUCGAACGUCACUAGGCCCGCGGGGCAUGGAUAAGAUGAUUCAAUCAGGCAAAGGCGAGAACUUGAUCACCAACGAUGGAAACACUAUGUUGAAAAGCAUGAGCGUCAUGCAUCCUGCUGCAAAGAUGCUAGUCGAUCUCAGUGCCGCCCAAGACGUUGAAGCCGGCGAUGGCACCACUUCAGUCGUGGUUAUUGCAGGGAGCCUCCUUGGGGCCGCAGACAGGUUGCUAUCCAAAGGCAUUCACCCAACCAUCAUCUCCGAAUCCUUCCAACGAGCUGCAAAGGCUGCAGUCGAUAUUCUACACGACAUGUCCCAACCUAUAUCCCUCUCCGAUCGCAAUACUUUGUUACAGGCCGCUUCUACCUCUCUGUCCUCAAAGAUCGUCUCGCAGCAUUCUGGGCUUCUAGGCCCCAUCGCAGUUGACUCUGUGCUCAAGACAAUAGAUACCAAGACUGCAGAUAACGUGGACCUGAGAAACAUCCGAAUCAUCAAAAAGGUCGGAGGUACUAUUGAAGAUUCAGAGAUGAUCGACGGCUUGGUUCUCAAUCAACCAGUGAUCAAGAGCAGCGGCGGACCUACAAGAAUAGAAAAGGCUCGAAUCGCUCUCAUCCAAUUCCAACUCAGCCCUCCCAAACCAGACAUGGAGAACCAGAUCGUCGUCAAUGAUUACCGACAAAUGGACAAGAUCCUCAAAGAAGAACGAACAUAUCUACUCAACAUGGUGAAGAAGAUCCAAAAGGCGAAAUGCAACGUAUUACUAAUCCAAAAGUCGAUUCUCCGAGAUGCUGUUAACGAGCUGUCACUCCAUUUCCUGUCCAGAUUGAAGAUCCUCGCCAUCAAAGACAUUGAGCGGGACGAAGUCGAAUUCUUGUGCAAGAGUACUGGAUGCAAACCCAUUGCCAACAUUGACACAUUCAGCGAGGACAAGUUAGGAACUGCAGACCUAGUGGAAGAAGUUCAGGCAUCAGGUGCGCGAUAUGUCAAGAUUUCGGGCAUUCGGACGUCAUCUCCUCAACAUCAGACCGUGUCGGUGGUCGCACGGGGUGCAAACACACUGAUUCUGGACGAGGCCGAGCGUUCCCUGCACGAUGCUCUCUGUGUGAUCCGUUGCCUGGUCAAGAAGAAGGCACUGAUUGCAGGCGGUGGUGCACCAGAGAUUGAAGUUGCGCAUCAGUUGUCCAAGCGAGCGCGAGAGUUGACUGGUACCGAGGCCAUUUGCUGGAAGGCUUUUGCCGAUGCGAUGGAGGUGAUCCCAACAACAUUGGCCGAGAAUGCCGGAUUGAACAGUAUCAAAGUGGUGACCGACCUCCGACAUCGACAUGAUCAGGGAGAGAAGAACGCCGGUGUUAGCAUUCGAAGUGGAGGGGUCAAGAGCAACAUUACGGAUGAAAAGGUGCUGCAGCCACUGCUUGUGAGCACGAGUGCAAUCGAGCUAGCGGCCGAGACAGUCAAGAUGAUACUCCGGAUUGACGACAUUGCAUUGUCUCGGUAAUUUCGAUAAACACAAGAAAAUAGAAAAGCUACUGAGCAACAUGCUCGACUCACGAACGAUGAUGCUCCUUUCCGGAAACGAGACAGCCUUUACGGAUCAGCUACCUGUACCUACCGUGUUGUAGCUAUUGUUCUUCCCUUGAAAGGUCAUAGGCGCGCUUGAUCUUUAGAGGUGUCCUUUCAGAAGCAUUCUCUAUACCAUGAGUUGUAUGACUAUUGGCGCAUGUCAAAAUUGCACGUCUUGGAUGUACAAACACUUCCAGAUCCUCAAAUUAUCAUCAUUAUCAUUCAGCACCUUAGUCUUCGAUCUCACCUUGACCUACUCCGUACACAGCGCCAUCCCAUACUAGACCCGG